UAUUCAGCAGUUGUUGCAUCGACCCCGCCGGGUACAACACGCGACGCAGACCACACCGUUUUUAAAAAACCCUUUUUCUUCACGUUUUCUCCUUCUCCUCUUCCUCUUUGAACCAACGACAACAUGCGUGAGUGUAUCUCCAUCCACGUCGGUCAGGCCGGUGUCCAGAUUGGCAAUGCCUGCUGGGAGCUUUACUGCCUGGAACAUGGGAUCCAGCCGGACGGACAGAUGCCCAGUGACAAGACUCUCGGGGGAGGAGACGAUUCCUUCAACACCUUCUUCAGUGAGACCGGAGCUGGAAAGCACGUCCCCAGAGCCGUUUUUGUCGACCUGGAGCCCACCGUCAUCGAUGAGGUGCGCACUGGGACCU